AUGGAUGAAUGGGAAGCCCCCCAGUGGACGAAGGAAAUUGAAAGCCUGAAGUACCAGCUGGCUUUCAAGCGGGAGAUGUCCUCAAAAUCAAUCCCAGAAUUUCUUAAGUGGAUAGAGGAUGGAAUUCCACAAGAUCCAUUUCUGAAUCCGGAGCUGAUGAAGAGCAAUCCGUGGGUGGAAAAAGGGAAAUGCACCAUCCUCUAACCCACCUCCCCCCAAAAAACAUCACCCACGAUCAUCAAAAUGGCUUCCUUUGGAGAUGCUCAAAAUUGCAUGAGAAGUGUUUAUUAGCUUCCCACUAUGGCUAAACUU